CCGUAAAAACUAUAAGAAAUAAAUUAAUGCUGUUUAGAAAAGUAAUAUUAAACAAACUAUGUAAAUUAAAUCAUUUAAACACUGUUUGCAAGUGGAGUUAUCAAUCGAUCUUUAUUUAGAAUUUACUAUCAUAUUCUAUUUUUAGCGUCGCGCUAACGUAUUUAAAUAACUCGCAGCCUGAGGUAGACGCCAGAGUGUACGUCGUGCAUGAGAGUAAUUGCAAGAGAUGGAAACUGAAAGAAACAGAAAGAAAUUUUAUUUAAUAAUAAUUGCCGUUUUAGUUGGCUGUGUUGUUAUCUUAGGACCAAAAUUAAUAUUUUCUUCAAUACAAUCAACAUCGCUUUCAACAGUCAAAAACGACCGAAACGAAGCAUCCUGUCAGUGUGGAAUUCUAUUUGAAUCUGAUGUGGCUGAUUACCCAAACAUUGUUCAGUUGUGUGAUAUGCUAAGCAUUGGAGAUGUUUCUCAGUCUCAUUUGAAGAAGAAGAAAUUUCAAAAGAAUGUGGAUGGCCCGCUAAGAAAAAUUGAAAAGUGUAAAAGAGAACUGCCAAAGUUUUGUGAACAGGAAUUGAAAAGAGUUGCACUUUCUGGAACAUUACUAGGAGGACUGAAUGAAAAACAGGUGAACAUUUUACAUUCUUGCUCAAAGCAAACAGACGAGAGAAGAAAAUUGAAGCAUAGGAAACAUUAUUCAUAUGGAAAUCGCAAAGACCGGUUCCAAGGAUAUAAGCCAUACUUUCGACAAGUGAUUGAUUCUGAGAGUUCCUCUCCAUUCCAAGCAGACUCCAGGAAGAAAGGAGCUAUGGUGUUAGCCACCCCCGUGUUUAUGUUAGGUGUUGCAGUGUUUUUCUUUUAUGUUUUCUUCAAGUUUGUUCUCAAAGAAAACUCAAGUGAAGAAGAAGCAGACAUUUCCACUGAUCAUGAGAGAGAGUUUGACUCUCCACAUCAAGAAGUGGAUAGUAAAAAGAAGAAAACACUGGAAGAUUAUGGAAACGAGCAAGUUGCUGAUGUCUUAAAGAAAGCACUGUCAGAAGUAUCCACUAAAUUAGGAAAGAAUAUUGAAGUAAAGGUAGCUGAAGAAACACCAGUUAUUGGAAAACAAACUUUGGAGAAGGGUCUUAUCUCUAAUGUAGAACAUUUACAGUCUGAUCAAGAUGAGAGUGAAGGAAGUAAACUAUCGGGGUAUGAUGAAAUCAAAAGUGAAGAAUCAGCGGUGUUUAUUACCGAAACAACUAAAGAUCUUGAAACUGUGAAACCUGAAUUGCUUUCAUCUGAAUUGGAAAGCUCUGAAAGUUUAGAGGUAGAAAAUAAAGACUUGGCAGAAGCUCAUCUAGACCCAUAUAUUGGAAAAGCAACUGAAGUACCACUUUCUCAAGAUGCAAACCUAGUAAAAACACAAACUUCUGAAGAUAUUACUGAAUUUCUAGAAAAAAAGUUAUCUCAUGAAGAAAGUGAACCUGUUGCAGAAGCAAAACUAAUAGAAACUUCUGAAGUUAGUAAGAUGCCAGUUGAGGAGGUUAAACCUAUUGGUUCAGAACAAUUAAUAGCUGUUGAAGAAUAUAUUUGUUUUACUAAUAAAUUAUCUGAGAAAAAUGUCAAAGCUCCAGUAGAAUCAAGUCAAGCAUUCAUUGUUGGAAUUCCAGAAAAGACCUCUGAAGAACUUAGGAAAAUAUCUACGAUAGAAAAUGUUGAACUUGUAGAAUUAGAAUCAGCCCAAAUGUCGGCUGCUGAAGAUGUUAUGGAAAUUCCAAAAAAGACACUUGAUGAAACUAGUAAAUUAUCUAUUGAAGAAAUAAUUGAACAAGUAGAAUCAGUUCAAAUACCUGCUGCUGAAGAAGACAUUUUGAAAAUUCCAGGAAAAACGCUUGAUGAAAUUAGUAAAGUAUCUACUGAAGAACAAGUUGAACUUAUAGAAUCAGUUCAAAUGUCAACUGCUGAAGAAGAAAUUAUGGAAAUUCCAGAAAAAACACUUGAUAAAACAAGUAAAGUGUAUACUGAAGAAAGAAUUGACCUUGUAGGACCAGUUCAAAUGCCUGCUGCUAAAGAAAAAACUGUGGAAAUUCCUGAAAAAAUGCUUGAUGAAACUAGUAAAUUAUCUACAGAAGAAAGAAUUGAACAAGUAGAAUCAGCCCAGAUUUCAACUGCUGAAGGCAUUAUGGAAAUUCCAGAAAAAAUGCUUGAAACUAGUGAAGUAUCUACUGAAGAAAAAGUUAAACUUCUAGAAUCAGUUCAAAUGCCUGCUGCUAAAGAAGAAACUGUGGAAAUUCCAGAAAAAAUGCUUGAAACUAGUGAAGUAUCUACUGAAGAAAAAGUUGAACAUAUAGAAUCAGUUCAAAUGCCUGCUACUGAAGAAGACAUUAUGGAAAUUCCAGAAAAAACACUUGAUAAAACAAGUAAAGUGUCUACUGAAGAAAGAAUUGACCUUGUAGGACCGGUUCAAAUGCCUGCUACUGAAGAAGAAACUGUGGAAAUUCCAGAAAAGAUGCUUGAUGAAACUAGUAAAUUAUCUACUGAAGAAAGAAUUGAACAAGUAGAAUCAGCCCAGAUUUCAACUGCUGAAGGCAUUAUGGAAAUUCCAGAAAAAAUGCUUGAAACUAGUGAAGUAUCUACUGAAGAAAAAGUUGAACUUAUAGAAUCAGUUCAAGAGCCAGAUGUUGAAGGCAUUUUGGAUAAAAUAGAUGAACUUGCCAAUAUAUCAUCUGAAGAGAAAGUUGAAUCCGCUGUACAAUACUUACAAGUAUUGGUUAAAGAAGUUCCAGAAAAAACAUCAGAAGAACCUAUCUAUAUAUCUGAAGAGAAAGUUGAAUCAGGUCUAGAACCCAGCCAGAAAUUAAGAACUGAUAAUCAUGAAGAAAUCACUACAGAAUCUGAGAAAAUAUCAUUUGAAGCUGUAGUAUCCAGUAUACAGAAAGAUGUAAAGAUAUUAAAUGAUGAUGAGAAAAGAGAUGCCACUGGCUGUAUCAUCUUGAAGUCUGGUGAUGGUAUUAAGGGAAGUAAUGCGACUGGCAACAACUUACUGGAAUCUGGUGUAACAAGAGAACCAGAAGGACAGUUCCUGGGGCCCAUAAAAAAUACAGCUUCAAGUUAUGUAAUGAUUGAUUCUUUGACAAACACAACACUUGAUAAAGUAACAACCCCUUAUGCUUGUCAGAAAUCAACUAAUGAAACUGUAAGGAACAUAUCAUCAACUGAUCAACAGGCUACUUUACUUGAUUCAUCUGGAGAAAUAAAAUUGGAAAAGUUUACCACAGGUAAUUCAGAUCAUGAAGAAAUGAUCGUAGUUAAGGACAUACAUCAACAAGAAGAUAAAGACAUAACAAAAGAAGCAAGUGAUGCAGAAUCAGUGCAUAAAGAAUCACAAAAGCAUGAAGAAGCUCUGGAUUUUGUUGGAUCGUGGGAUAAACAGGAUAUUUUGGGGUCAAAAGAUGUACAGGUAUUCUUAGAAGAUAAACAGUCAUCUUCAGUAGAGAAAAAGGAAAAAGCUGAACAUGGAGCAGGUCAACUUGAUGUGUCAGAAUUGUAAAAUGAUGUGAGCUGGUAGUUAAGUUUAAUAUUUGUGAUACCGUGCCUCUGCUUUAGCAUAGCCAUUAAAUAAUAAGACGUAAUUAACCACACACAGUUCAUUACGUAAGAAAUUGUUCUUAUAAAAACUGCUUAUGUGGUAGUAAAUACCAUAACACAUUAGUUUAACAAAAGUUUGGAAGAAUUUGGAGUAAAAUAAGUUCUUUUAAAAAAGUAACAGAUAUAAUAUGUAUUUAUGUACUUAACUGUGAGAAUUGAGAAGUGUUUAUUAACAUAUAUAUAUAAAUAUUUACAAUGAAAAUUAGUUUUAUAAAAGAGCAGAAGCCUGAUUUGCUGUGAUAAUAUUUAUUUUACUGAAUAAUCAAUACUUAUUUCUUUCAAAUAAAUGGGUUGCAGCUAUAUUUAUAAUAAUGUACUUUCUAUGUGCUGCAUCAGUUUCAAAACUAAUUUGUUGGGCUUUUAUUUUUAUUAGAAGUUAAUGGGUAAUAUAUUUACACAAGUACUAUUACUUUAUUAUUAUGAAUAAAAUGAAAUUCCAACUCUCUAGGAAUUGCACCAAAUUGUACUUAUUUUUUUUAAGAGUCACUAUUUCAGUAAAAGUAAUACAACCUUUGGUUGAAAAUGGAUGACACCACAAAAACUUUUCUACAGUGAAGUUGAGUUUAUUGUGUAACAUACUCUUCCUUUAGAUGUAGUAACUAAUUAACAGCUUGCUGUGGUUGCUAGUAAAUGUGAAGUACUAAAUCUAGUUUGUAUUUAGUCAAAACAUUUUUUUGUCUAAUACAAAUGUUGUUUGGAUCUUAUGUAUUCCUAAAGUUUUCCUUUGCUUGACACAAGUCUACCUUACAAAUAGCCAUUCAUAAGAAUGAAAAUAAGAACAGACUUAUUUCAGGUGUGAAUUGACAGUAGCUUCAGGUGAAUUAUAAAACCAUAACUACAAAGGUUUUUUUUGUCUCUGUACCACAACUGUCCUUGAAACUUCAAAUUAUCGUGCUACUUCAGAGUUAUUCCCAUAACUCAUAAAGUAUCUAAACCUUGUUUUUGAAAAAAUGUUUUAACAAAAUCUUUCCACAAACUCUUUAAUAUUGUUGAUAAUGAGAUACUUAUAAUACAUGAAACCUGUAUUGUUAAAUUAAGAGUUAAAUAAGUUUAGCUAUUGCAAAUUGUAAGACAUACAAAUAUUGUUAAAGUAUUACAUAAAUAUCUCUCUAACCAAUGAUCACACACACACACACAGGAAUUAUUUCUUAUAUAAUGUUUAUAAAGUAUUUUAUAAGCCAGUUGUACCUUAACUGUGCCAAGUUAUUUUUGAUUAAUUAUUAAGACAGACAAUAGCUGUCAUAAAGCCUUACUGUUUUGGUUAGUAAUCAUAAUAUAUGUGGAUAUGCUGUACUUUCCAUAAAAGUAGAGGAAAAUAUAAAAAUAUGCUUCUGUA